GGGAGGAAGUGCUGGAAGAUUGUGGGUGUGAGUUCCAGUUUUUAAGCUUUAGUUUGGCGGUGAGGUGACAGGUGAUCCCUACAUGAAUCACAGGCUCUCAAGGAGUGGGGAUUCCGGAAAGGAAAGAAGCACACUCACUAGAAAAGGAGCCUAGGGUCUCACACCCCUUUGGGACAUGCCCCGCGUGUCUGAGGGAGGUGGCUGCGAGGUAUCUCCUGGCGAAGGAACCUGCUCUUACCGCCAUGUCUUCGGACUUCUUUCUGCAGCCUCUGGACGGCGGUCCCCGCGUGCCCGUGGGGCCGGGCCAGACUGUGAUAGGCCGCGGGCCGCUGCUGGGAAUAACAGACAAAAGAGUAUCUAGAAGACAUGCCAUUCUUGAAGUGGUUGACAGUCAGCUUCGAAUCAAACCAAUCCAUAGGAAUCCGUGUUUCCACCAGUCCUCGGAGAAGAGCCGGCUCUUGCCAAUGGAGACACAAGUGUGGAGCCCGUUGUAUCCUGGGGAUAGCUUCUCCUUGUUACUUGACAAGUAUGCUUUCCGUGUUUUCUCUACAGAAUCUGAAGUGGAAAUGGAGUGUACUCUGAGAAACAGUCAGAUGCUUGAUGAAGAUGAUAUAUUGAGUGAGAUGCAGAAGUCCCCUGUGGUUAACUUACCUGAUAAGACAACUGGUGCCUCACAGCUGCAAGGAAGCCCCGAAAUAACCAAGGCCAAGUGUCCCACCAUAGAUCCCAUGUCCUCUUCAGGUGAAUGCAGAGCUUUCCAUGAGCACCAGCCACAUCCUACCCAGAGGAAAAGAAUCCUCCCAGCUUGGAUGUUAGCGGGAAGUCUAAGUGACCGGAGCCUUUCCUUGCCUGCUGAGAGCGGAGAUAAGGAUGUCAUCCAGAGGAGUGGAAAAGAAGGAACCUGUGAAGAUAAAAUGCUAGUAAAUACAUCAUGGCAUGGGAGAAAGCGGUUUAUUCCAUCAGGAAAUUCAAAAAGUGUGUCAGCAGAACAAGACCCUGGGAAGAAAUGCAGAAAGUCUGACCAGGAAGGACCGGCUGUUUCUUCUGAGGCUGUUCCAGAAUCAUCGUCUUCAAUCACAGUAAGUGACCCAGAUGUGGAUAUUGUGAAGACAAAUAAACAGAGGGAAGCAACUGUAAUAGAGGAGCUUGGUGAGGUCUCUAAACGUAAAGCCGUCACCAAACCAACCACAGACGAAGAGGGCGAGACAGUGAGUCAUCCCGAGAGUCCCGCAAGUGUCCAAAGCAAGUCAUUUCCCGAGAAAUCUCAAGGAUGCCGUCCUGAGUCCAGCUCUGCUCCCUCCAGUCCUGAUGCUUCGCACGCAGACGCAGCUGAUUCAGUGCUAGGCUGUUCAGAAGAAAACAAGGUCGGGAGGACGCCCUGCAUGUACGGGGCCAACUGCUACAGGAAGAAUCCUUUCCAUUUUCAACACUUCAGCCACCCUGGUGAUAGUGAUUAUGGAGAUGUACAUGGCACAGAUGAAGGGGUAACUGGUGACAGGCCCGAGUGUCCCUAUGGGAUGUCUUGUUACAGGAAGAACCCUCAGCACAAGAUGGAAUAUAGGCACAGUGCACUUCCCACCAGAGUUGCUAUAGAUGAAGAUGAUGAUGAUGUUGGACAACCCAGUGACGACGAGGAUGAGGAAGACUAUGAGCCGACAGAUGAAGAUUCAGAUUGGCAACCAGGAAAGGAUGAAGAGGAGAGGGAAGAUGUGGAUGAGCUUUUGAAAGAAGCGAAAAGGUUUAUGAGAAGGAAAAAGUAGCUUUUCUGCAAUGACAUAACACACAUAUUUGCUUUUUUUCUCUGUGGGGAACAUAAUAAUUUUUUUCUUUUAAUAGUUCUUUGCACUUGAAACAUUGAGACAUCAGCCUUCAGUGAAAUGGGUAGAAUGUAUGCUAUUGCCUGUUUUGGUGCCUGUCUAAUGCGUCCAUCAGUGAGAACAGGUCAAAGCUUGGGCAGACUGGUACUUUUCAUAUACUUUACGUACUGCUAAUAAAAAAGCCAUAGGUUGUACAAACCUUUACUCUUCUGCCCAGAGGUCUUUAUAGUGUAUCCUGUGAGCUUAGCUAGGUGAUUAUAGAACAGCGGGCGAGUGUAGUAGCCCCACGUUGCUGUUGAAAGAGUCCCUAACAAAGCUGGACUUGAACAAAUGACAGCCAGCAGUAUGCUGUGUCUCUAAUGUAUUAGAUGUGGCUUUGCGAUUUCAAUUACAGCUUUUGUCCUUUGAAUCCUGGGAAAACUAUUAACAAGUAGAUGCUGAAAAUGAUCCUGUUAACCUAGAGGGCAGCCUUGCAAGGAAGUGGUUUUUGCGCAUCCACAACUACGUAUGUAUGUGAGAGUAUAAAGGAGACUGCAGAGCACUUCCGUUGCUCUCACAUCGUGCCCGCCCAGUCACUUUGCUUGCACUUGCACCUUUACACUGAAGAUGCCGAGGAGCUUCUACCACCGUCUUCUCGGAGGGUGAGAGGGGCGACUGCUCUGCCACAGCUAGGGUUCUGGCCUCUGCUCCUCUACUUUUAGGCAGCUUACACUUGGCUCUGAGCUGUCUGUGCAGACUGUGGGCACAUCAGAUCAUGAAGCAGCGAGCCAGAAGCUCCCUGUCGUCCUUUACUCAAGAGGAACUAAAAUGCGCAUCUUAGAACAAAGGUGUCACAUGCUUUCCUAGUAUGUAUGAGUCUCUCCAUGGAACUGUACAAUGUUAAAGUUUACUUAAACUGAAGAAAGAAUAAAUAUUUCUCUAUUAUCA